AUGGAAACGGUUGUCAAUUCAUCUCUCCAUCCCGAAUCUGUCGAUGAACUCGCAGUUUCUCUCAUCCAUAAAGCUCAAAUCUUUGAUGGUGAAUUAAUGGAGAAGAAGAUUGAUGAAUUUGAACUAGGUUUGUUAUCUGGAGAUGAUGAAGAUGAAGAUGAAGAUGAUGAAGAAGAGUUUUCAUUUGUAUCUGUUGGAUCUGGUUCAUCAACGUUUUCCUCCGACGAUACUUUUUUUCCUUUGUUUGAUCAGAGUCUUCUAUACAAUAUUGAUAGAAACGAUUUACCUUACCGUCCAUCAGUUAAGAAAGUAUUCAUCGAAACAGAAGAUUCAGUUCCUCCAUCGUCUUCCGACAAGAUUAGCAUCAAAGAAUCAAGGAAAGCUGUCGAGGCUUCACCUCAGAUCUGCAAAAAGAGUAAUUCCACCGGUUUCUGUAAACUCUGGCGAGUACAGGAACUAAUCAAACGGAGUAACAGUGAUGGAAGAGAUGCAUAUGUUUUCUUUAAUGGACCCAGUUCAAAAAAAGACGUCAAAACUGAACAGGUGAAAACCCUAGUGAAGGUAAAGAAAUCAUCAACAAAGGGGAAAUCAGAAGCAAUUAAAGCUCAUGAGAAAUAUAUGAGAAGCAGAGAAGAAAACCGCCGGAAAACUUAUUUGCCUUACCGGCCGGAGUUAAUGGGAUUCUUCACCAACAUCCAUGGUGGUAUGACUAGAAAUGUACACCCAUUCUAA